AUGCUCUGGUUCUCCGGCGUCAGGGCUCUGGCUGAGCGUCCCCGCCGGCGCUCGCCCGGGAUUACCUGCUGCGUCUUGCUGCUGCUCAAUUGCUCGGGGGUCCCCAUGUCUCUGGCUUCCUCCUUCUUGACAGGCUCUGUUGCAAAAUGUGAAAAUGAAGGCGAAGUUCUUCAGAUCCCGUUUAUCACGGACAACCCUUGCAUCAUGUGUGUCUGCUUGAACAAGGAAGUGACCUGUAAGAGAGAGAAGUGUCCGGUCCUGUCUCGAGACUGCGCGCUGGCCAUCAAACAGAGGGGCGCCUGUUGUGAGCGGUGCAAAGGAUGCAGCUACGAAGGAAAUACAUAUAACAGCUCCUUCAAGUGGCAGAGCCCUGCUGAACCCUGUGUUCUGCGCCAGUGUCAGGAAGGUGUCAUCACGGAAGCGGAGGUGCGCUGCGUCGUUCAUUGUAAGAACCCGUCCAAGCAUCUGGGGACCUGCUGCCCCACGUGUCCAGGUUGUGUGUUUGAGGGUGUGCAGUACCAAGAAGGGGAGGAGUUUCAGCCGGAAGGGAACAAAUGCACCAGAUGUUCGUGUGUUGGAGGCAGGACACAGUGCGUGAGAGAAGUCUGUCCCAUUCUCUCCUGUCCUCAGCACCUUAGUCACAUCCCCCCCGGACAGUGCUGCCCCAAAUGUUUGGGUCAGAGGAAGGUGUUUGACCUCCCUUUUGGAAGCUGCCUCUUUCGCAGUGAUGUCUACGACAACGGAUCCUCAUUUCUCUACAACAACUGCACAGCGUGCACCUGUAAGGACUCCACCGUGGUGUGUAAGAAGAAGUGUUCCCGUCCUGGGAGCUGCGACCGAGACCAGGAGGCCUGCUGUGAAGACUGCCUCCUGCACAUCCCCCCCGAGGAGAUGAACGUGUGCACCUUUGGCAACAAGGUCUUCCGGGAUGGAGAGAUGUGGUCCUCUGUUAACUGCACCAUCUGUGCUUGUGUGAAAGGCAAGGCUGAGUGUCGCAAGAAGCAGUGCAUUCCCAUCAGCAGCUGCCCUCAGGGUAAAAUUCUCAACAGGAAAGGAUGUUGUCCUAUUUGCACAGAAAAGCCCGGCGUGUGCACGGUUUUCGGAGAUCCCCACUACAACACUUUUGACGGACGGACAUUUAACUUUCAGGGGACGUGUCAGUACGUUUUGACGAAAGACUGCUCCUCCCCUGCCUCGCCCUUUCAGGUGCUGGUGAAGAAUGAUGCCCGCAGGACCCGCUCCUUCUCCUGGACCAAGUCCGUGGACCUGGUGGUGGGCAAGAGCACUGUGAGCCUCCAGCAGCACCUCACUGUGCGCUGGAAUGGCACGCGCAUCGCGCUGCCCUGCCGGGCGCCCAACUUCCAGAUCGACUUGGAUGGCUACCUCCUCAAAGUGACCACCAAAGCAGGUUUGGAAAUAUCCUGGGAUGGAGACAGUUUUGUAGAAGUCAUGGCAGCGCCUCAUCUCAAGGGAAAGCUCUGUGGCCUUUGUGGGAACUACAAUGGACAUAAGCGGGAUGACUUAAUUGGCGGAGACGGGAACUUCAAAUUUGAUGUGGAUGACUUUGCUGAGUCCUGGAGGGUGGAGUCCAAUGAGUUCUGCAACAGACCCCAAAGAAAACCAGUGCCUGAACUAUGUCAAGGGACAGUGAAGGUCAAGCUCCGAGCCCAUCGUGAAUGCCAGAAACUCAAAUCCUGGGAAUUCCAGACCUGCCACUCAACUGUGGACUAUGCCACGUUCUACAGGUCCUGCGUGACAGACAUGUGUGAAUGUCCAGUCCAUAAAAACUGUUACUGUGAGUCCUUCCUGGCCUACACCCGGGCCUGCCAGCGAGAGGGCAUCAAAACCCACUGGGAGCCUCAGCAGAACUGUGCAGCCACUCAGUGUAAGCACGGUGCUGUGUACGACACUUGUGGCCCAGGAUGCAUCAAGACCUGUGACAACUGGAAUGAGAUCGGGCCAUGCAAUAAGCCAUGCAUCGCAGGGUGCCACUGCCCAGCAAACUUGGUCCUUCACAAGGGGAGGUGCAUCAAACCAGUCCUUUGUCCCCAGCGGUGACCUCUGUUCCGGUUCAUGAGACUUUGAAAUCUGCUGUCCUGGACAGACACUGAAGGGGAAGAGCCAAGGAAGGACUGCAGUAUUUGUGCGUUAACUCUGCAAAGGGCACGCAACCAGAAUAUAUAUGUGUACAUAUAUAUAGAUAUAUACAAAAACAUUUCAUCAUUUAUAUAAGCUAUAGGUGGAUUAUUAUAUGUAUAUUUUUUGCUAUAAGGCAUUGUAUGGUUCCUAAGAUCCUAAUCUGUAAGCCAUUGGAUAAAUUGUACAAAUAAACCAGGUGUUUUUAAUUUAAUAAGGUCGCAUGCAAACAUAUUGGAUGGCUUUGACACCGCAUACAUUUGCCAUUUGUUUAAGGAUGUUUCCUAAGACGUCUAAAUUGCCUGCCGGAAUUCAUUUCAGCUUUGAGUCAGGAUUUUCAGUUGAAUGAGAAGUGCGGUUCUCUGGAGGAGGGCAAAUUUAUCAAGGGGCUUUUCAUGUUUCUAAAGAAUGGAAUGUGUGCCUGAGAGAUGGCUGGUGAUUGGUGACAGGCCCUAAUGCUGCAUGCAAGGCGAAGGAGAGGCUGCUAGACUUUAUUGGGUCAUGGUCUGAUAUUAUUUCCCCAACUGAUUGGCUAGUGGCCAAGAAAUACAGAGUUGUCACUAGGGCAUAACCACAGAAUCAAGUGAUUGCUUGCCAUCUCUGCAUCGUUCUGAGUCUCCUAAUUAUAUAUGUGUGCUUGAUGGAUGUGGUCACUUAGGUGUCCUGCAUGGGGAUUAAGGCAUGUCUGGACGCCAUGCUAAUUUGAUUGAGCAUGGGCAGAUAUCUAGAGACAUUUUUUUGCACAGGAGAUGAAGAAAUCCCCGCUGUUGGGCAUCUCACAGCAGGCUAAGAUGAGCACCUCCAGUGAGUUGCUGAAUGUCAUUUCCAUUCUGCGUCGUCGUCGAUUCCACAGAUGAAGUGAGAGGCUUUCACCUUUUCUAAAAGGUUCUAAGUCCAACGUUAUUUGGAAACUGUUAAUCUGUCAUAAUUGCUGGGAAAAGCCUUUAAUGACCAGUUGAUUUACCAUCAAUCCAAACAAAGAGUGGUCCACACAUUUGCUCUCAUUCAUCAAUAGGUAAUUUCUAGUCGCCGUGCGAUUUACCUGACUUUUGUUUUUAAUUGACUAUGUGAAAGCAAACGCCCCCAUGUCUGAAAAUAAAAUGUCCUGCAUUGAACUAAUAAAGGUCCUAAGAUGUAAAACAA